AUGGAUCACACUCGUGACCCUUGCCCGUGGGUGGCUUUGAACGACUUUGGAGGCGCCUUUUGCAUGGGAGCAAUUGGUGGUGCUGUGUGGCAUGGUGUCAAGGGCUUCCGGAACAGCCCUUACGGAGAGCGAAGAAUUGGCGCUCUCACUGCUAUCAAGGCUCGUGCGCCUGUCCUUGGUGGCAAUUUUGGUGUUUGGGGUGGUCUCUUCUCAACUUUUGACUGUGCCGUCAAGGGCCUCCGCAAGAAGGAAGAUCCAUACAACGCAAUCAUUGCAGGAUUCUUUACUGGUGGCGCUCUCGCCAUUCGUGGCGGAAUGAAGGCUGCUAGAAACUCGGCCAUUGGCUGUGCCUGCUUGCUUGCUGUCAUUGAGGGUGUUGGUAUUGGUUUCCAGAGACUCAUGGCUGAGAACACGAGACUGGAUGUUCCUGCACCCCCGCCGCCAGCGCCAGCGGAGGGCGCCCAGACCCCUGCGCUUGCUUAA